UUUUUUUUUUUCCUUAAUUAAAGAAGCUUAAAUAGAAUUAAAUUUUAUUUUAUUUUUGAUAAUUACUAAAGCAACCUAUUUUCAUUGUUUCUUUCUUCUUUUAUUUAAUGAUUGAUUUUUCAAUAUUUCUUGGUGGGAAAAAUCGAAUUGUUUUACCUUUUCUUCUCUAUCCUCUUUUGUUUGUUGCGCCGUCCCUUAUUUUGUCAUCGAUCAUCAUUAUACCAAAUGAUAGAUUACCAGGCUUUUUAAAACAAUUGUUAUCCAUUCCAUUACUUUUAGCUGUAUUUUUUAUUCCUUUUGGUUUUACAAAUGGAAAUAGAAUAAUUGAUCUUGUCGCAGGUGUUACGAAUUAUAAUAUAUUUUUACGUUUCUUGGAAUUAUAUUGGGUUGGCCCUUUAAUUCAGGACAGACCUGUUUAUGCUACACCUUUAAGUCUUUGGAUUGACUUUUGGAGUAGUCUACGUACUUUUCCUAAAAAGGGUAAACCUGUAAAGAUUUAUAAAAAAGACAAGAAAUUUUACCAUAUUAUUUUAAAUUUUUUGAUUUGUGCUUUUAUACUUGAUAUCUUUGGUAGCUGGAUUUGCUCUUUUACAGGAUAUGAAGCUGUUGCUAUGAUAAAAGAAAAGCCUAUAACCUAUUUUUUCUUUUUUGCUGCUUGUAUUGUCGUCAUGACUGCCGGGUUUAAUUUAGCAGGCUAUAUUCUUCAGUUCAUGUAUUGUGUAUUUGUAGAGCAUGGCUCAUAUUCAUCAGAACAAUGGAAUUCCUUGAUGCGUCAUCCUAUCGUUUCUCAUUCUUUAGAUGAUCUUUGGUCUUAUCGCUGGCAUCAACUCUUUAAAACAACCUGGCUCGCAUUUCCUUUCAGACCUGUUCGUAUCCUUACUCAAAGAGCUCUUGCAAAACGUGUUAGUAAUGAUACCUCUAGAUCUGUUGCUUUCCUUUUAGCCUCCAUCUCUGUCUUUUUUGCCUCUGCUUUCAUGCACGAAUAUAUUGUUGCUGCUAAUCUAGGUUGGCCCAUUUUUAAUCGUUAUUUUAAGGGUCAACAAUGUAUCUUCUUUAUAAGUCAUGGUGUCGGUGCCUUUUUUGAAAAUUUGAUCAAGUUAUAUGUAGCUCCUCGACUAUCUCCACAAUUUAAAAACUCGUUAGCUUGUAGAGUUAUUCAACAUACUUGGACAAUCCUUUUUGGUUAUUUCACAUUUUAUUACAUCAUGAAUGGCUUCUUGUCUUGGGGAUUCCAUUUUGAUAAUCCCUGUCAGUUAACAAAACCUUUUGUUGCAAAAUUCGUGUAUGCACAUCCUAGAUUGCAUUCAUAUUUUGGAAGUCAAAUUUAAAAAAAAAAAAAAGAAAAAAAAAAAAAA